AAGAAAAAGGAGGGAGAAGAGGAGAAUAGAGAGACACCAGGACCAAACACACAGUUCUUUCUCCCUUCUUUCUCCCAGUGACUCCGGGGUGAGAUCAACAGAUAGGAUGCUGUCCUUCAGCUACCUGUCAACGCUCUUCAUCCUAGUGUGCCUCCACCCCCCUCAGUUGUCUGCACAGGAGGUCCUUGUACGUCUUGCAGGCGUAGGUCGGCGCGGUGCCAAUGAGGGACGUGUGGAGGUGUUCUAUGAUGGGUCGUGGGGCACUGUGUGUGAUGACGAGGUGGAUAUUAACCUUGCUAAUGUGUUGUGCCGCCAACUGGGUUAUCAAAGCAGCUAUACCUGGGCGCACAGUGCCAAGUUUGGCCGGGGACAAGGUUUUAUUUGGUUAGACAAUGUGCGCUGUAAGGGCACAGAGCUCUCAAUUGCAGAGUGUCGCUCCAAUGGCUGGGGAGUCAAUGACUGCACCCAUGCUGAGGAUCUAGGGAUCAUUUGCAGCCCAGAGAGGAGACCUGGCUUCCCCCCUGUUACUUUAGAGGAAGAACAGCAUUCAUCCUCAAGACAACAACCAAACCAGCAGAGACAAGGGAAUCCACCACGACAGUCUGUCUCCCCUCCAGCUCCACCUGCACCACCAGCCCACACCAGCUCCCACUCUAGGAGAGGCCACGAAAUUGCCCUUCAUCGCAACCCAACCUCCUCCCGUCGCAGCAGCCUCUCCCCACAGGAAAACGGCCAUGAGAUCCAAAUCUUGCGAAGGAAUCGAGACGGUUCGAGAGCAAGCCAGCAGGCCAGCCCAGCUUUGCCACGAGGACACCAGCUGCCUUCACGUCUGGCAAACGGUGCAGCUUUUAGGCCGAGACAGGAGACAGAGAGGACCAGUCCACAGGCAGUGAGACGCGAGGCAGAGGGGCAGGUGGAAAGACUCUCCCAACUCCAGUCUGAGAGGAGCAACAGGCAACAGCAGCUCAGCGGGAACCAUGUUGAACCAGACCCAGUUUACCCAGACAUGGGACUGGAGACUGAUGAACACACACAGGGAUCUGAGAGGAUUCACUUAGAGGAGGCUCGUCUUCGGCCCGUAUUGUCCAGCAACAAUGGGGGUCUGGUGACAGAGGGAGUGCUGGAAGUGAAGUAUGCUGGGAAAUGGCGUCACGUGUGCAACCAGGGAUGGGACCUGAGAAGCAGCCGUGUUGUUUGUGGCAUGUUAGGAUUUCCUAGAGCAGAAGCGUUUGACCAGAAUGCCUACAGGAAACUGUGGGACUCUAAACUAGCUGAUCCUUCCUCAAGCCUGAAGACACAGAUCAGUAAGAAGGGUUACUGGGUGGAGAAGGUGCUGUGUCAGGGAGUGGAGGCAUCCUUAACGCAAUGUCAGGCCCAGCUGUCCCUCCCCAGGGGUGAUGUUCCAUGCCGGGGGGGCAUGCAUGCAGUGGUCCGUUGUGUUCCCGGAUUCCAGUUCACACAUCAUGGCAGAGCGCCUGCCCCACCUGCUGUGCCGCCUGUCGUGCGUUUGAAGGCAGGCCCCCGUCUCGGAGAGGGUCGCGUCGAAGUCCUGAAAGAGGGCAAGUGGGGUACCGUGUGUGACCACCUGUGGGACAUGACUGCAGCCAGCGUUGUCUGCAGAGAGCUGGGUUUUGGAACAGCUAAAGAGGCUCUCACCAGGGCUCAGCUGGGACAAGGCACUGGUCCCAUCCACAUGAACAGCGUCCAGUGCACAGGCAAGGAGAAGUCAAUUACAGACUGUAUCUACAGUCCGGUGCCACUUUACACCUGCAAACACAGUCAAGAUGUGGCCGUUCGUUGCAAUGUGCCCAGCACUGGCAUGCAGACCACUGUGCGUCUGACAGGAGGAAGAGACCGUGGAGAGGGCCGCGUGGAAGUGCUGAUGGAGGUCGGAGGUGUCAAACGUUGGGGAUCGGUCUGCAGCGAGAACUGGGGCCUGACUGAGGCCAUGGUGGUCUGUCGGCAGCUUGGUUUGGGCUUCGCCUCAAGAGCUCACCAGGAAACCUGGUUCUGGCCAGGAUCUUCAAAUGCCAAUGAAGUGGUGCUGAGUGGGACUCACUGCAUCGGCACUGAGAUGUCUAUCCAACAGUGUCGCAGAAAUGCACAUGUCUACUGUCCCAGAGGAGGAGAUGGGCGGGCUGCAGGAGUCACAUGCGUGGAGACUGCUCCUGACCUCGUGGUGGAUGCCCAGCUUGUCCAAGAGACUGCUUACCUGGAGGAUCGACCUCUCCACCUGCUGACAUGUGCUAACGAGGAGAACUGCCUGUCCUCCUCUGCAGCCAGAAUGAACUGGCCGUACGGACACCGCCGCCUGCUGCGCUUCUCUUCACGCAUCAUGAACAUGGGUCGUGCCGAUUUCCGACCUCGGGCCUCCAGGGAAAGCUGGACAUGGCACCAGUGUCACAGACACUACCACAGCAUCGAGGUCUUCACCCACUACGAUCUGCUCACUCUCAAUGGGACAAAGGUGGCUGAAGGUCACAAAGCCAGCUUCUGUUUGGAAGACACCUACUGCCCUGAUGGUAUUCAUAAGCGAUAUGCCUGCUACAACAUGGGACAACAGGGUAUCACGGUGGGCUGCUGGGACACUUACCGCCAUGACAUUGACUGCCAGUGGAUCGACAUCACAGACAUACGACCCGGUGAAUACAUCUUUCAGGUGGAGGUCAACCCUACCUUAGACAUGGCCGAGUCAGAUUUCCAGAACAAUGUGAUGCGUUGUCGUUGCAAAUACGACGGAGCGCGGGUUUACCUCUUCAGCUGCCAUGCAGGUGAUGCUUACAGCGCUGAGGCGGAGGACUUAUUUGACCACCAACGUCAGAUUUCCAACAACUUCCUGUGAAUUAAGGAGCGCCUAGAUUUAAGAGCAGAACAACUGUACAACUCUUCACCACACCUCAAAAUGUCAGCGGAAGGCAGGGUGAAUGACAAUGGCAUGCCAAUAAACAGAGAGACGAUGGUCAGAACGGAUUAGAUGGGAAAGUUUGGGAGGGACUUUAUGCAACAUAAUGUGUUUGUAGGAUCCUUUGACUGAUUACCAGUCAGCAUUUUCUGCAACUGUUAGAAGAAAAAAGGAGGAAAUUUUGAAAAAGACCAAAAAGUAAACCAAAGUCACAAACAUUCUGUCACCACGAUGUAUGAUAAACAUUAGAGUAGUUCCCAUUUCAUAAAAUUAGUCUCAUAUUGUUAGUUUUUUUUAGUGAUUGAAUGACUUUGAGACAUAACCGCAGUUAACAUGGCAAUGAAGGCACAUGAGAAGAAUAGUUACAGAUCACCAGACUGUCCAUGUAACACCAACACAGCUCACGAUCAUGUACAAAACUGCUUUUCCUGUCCAGUAUUUACUGUCACAACUGUGUGUUUUUACUGUCAUAACUGUGUGUUGUUUGGUUUAAAAUUAGAUUUUUUUAUCUCAUGGUGCUAUUUUGCCUUAUUUUGAAUAAAUAUUGUAAUGUAUUGCAAAUGUAUUGUCAUGUACAGUUUUAUAUUACCUCUUUGGAAUAUUGUUCUUCAGGUCUCUAAUUUAUACAGAAUUUUAAUGUACUUUGAAGAUGAAACUUGUUUGUAUUGUUCAUUUUUUAUUAUGAUAACUACUUCUAUUUUGUUUGUGCUUGGCCUGGUGACAACAGAUGGGACCUGGUUGUACUUGCGGCAUUGCGCUUAACAGUACUUGGUAAUGGUAAUGAAAGAAUAAAUGUCAGACUGAC